UUAGAUGUGACCCUACUCGCCCUGACUACACCUGGGGUUAAGGCCUUAGCACCUGGCAGCAGCAGCGACAAAUUGGGCCGCUCUUCUUUCCUGAUACUUACCAAAAUUAUAUUUUUAAGUGGGUGAAGCGUCGCAGAGGUUGUUGCGCGUCGGCAGCCUUUCUUCACAUUGUAGCUGCAUUGCUGGUCGAGACCUAGGCCCUCAGGACCCACACGGCAUAGGGUCGCAAAAGCGAUUCAAGGUAGAGGUAUGAAAAGGGGCGCCCGAAAAGGUGGUUCGAGUCUGCAACAUCUGGACGCCGAAGGUUUCUCGGACAUGAAGAAGCGUCGUUCACCGAAGCGAGAAUGGGCCGACCGACGCCCGCUGCGCUUUUGGCAGCCUUUUAACGACUGGUGGAGGAGCGAAUUGGAGCGUCUGGGAAGACGUCCAAAUGCUGAGGAAAUUCUGGAAUGGUAUAAUGAACAUGCCUACUCUCUUUGGAACGAAGACGCGCCAACCCUCCAGGAGACUCGCAUACAUGCAAAGUGCUUGCGGAGCCUGCCCCUUGUGCGCGAUUAUUUCCGGAACUAUCGUGCAAAGAAGCGCUCGGUUGGCGAAAGGUCCGGAAGUUUUGCCACGGGCGACGAUUUCGACUACAGAGACGAGGAGGACGACUUCGAGGCGGACGACGUCCCCAACUACCGCCGCCGCCGUCGCGGUGGCGGCGGCAGCAGCCACCUCGACGCAGAUGCCGAACUAGACGACUACGACCCAGACGAUGACGAUGGCUUCAACGGCACGGACGGUGGCGCUGCGGCCGCCGCCGCCGCGGGCUUGACACAGCUGGCGCACACGCGCCCCAGCGGCAGCCCGCCGGACACCCUGCCGCUGGACCACCUGCUGCACCCGCCGCUGUCCUCGCUGCCGGUGCUCCCCAACCUGCCGGGCCUGCCCCCCAUGAUGGGACCCGCCGCCGCCGCGGCGCUUUGGAACACGGCGGCGGCGGGGCCGCACCCCUCGGCGGUGGCGGCAGCAGCAGCCGCAGCGGGCCUGGAUGCCGCGGCGCCGCCGGCCCAGGAGCUGCUGCGCGGCAUCACGCUGCAGCAGCUGCAGCACGCGGCGGCGGUGCAGCAGCAGCUGGCACUAGCGAACAUUGCUCAGAACCUGGCGCUAUCGCGGGCGGCUACUGCUGCCGCUGCCGCCGGCAUGCCGGGUUGCUUCUCGGCGCUGGCGCCGCAGAGUGCGCUGCUGGCGGCGGUGCUGGAGGGCGAGCAGCUGGAGCUGGAGGGGCCGGCGACGCAGCAGCAGCAGCAGCAGCAGCGGGCCCCCAGGGGCGGGGAGGCGCUGCGGCCGGA